AUGCAUUGUCCAUUCAAACAUAUAUUACGACUACAUUUCUAUAUUGGUACAACCAAAAAAGAUUUCAUUUUCUCUUUCCAUGAAUUACUUCCUUUCUCUUCAGCUAUUUAAAUACUUUCCUUCCCUUACUCUAUUUGCAAUAUAUCUGUUUGCAAUAAUUUUGUUGUAGAAUCUUCAACUUUGUUCAUGAAUUUAAUAAUAAUGAAAUUUAACUUAAUAUUCUGUUUCAUACAUUUACUCUUAACAUAAGACCCUACAGAUAAAACAGUCUAAAAUGAAAAUCUAAAAAUUGUUAAAACACUCUAACAAAUAAUAUAACCAAUUAUUGCUUUAUCUAAUAAAAUUGAUACUUUAAUAUCAAGGUCAUCCUGCAAUUUUAAUUGA